CCGUAACCCAAACAGUCUCGUUUGUUCGCCACAUUUGUCACAAUAUGCUGAUUGUUCGCUAUUUAAUCGCCUUGGUCUUUUCCAUUUUCAUGGUGGCCACAUCUUUGAAGAUCGAGGAGCGCUACCGGCGGUGCAAUGGCUACAAGAUAUCCACUCCGGAUCGAUUGGUCAUCAAAAUGGAACGACGCGGCGGAAAGUGUCCCACCAAGUUUCUAGAAAAGAGGCGCUUAAAAGUCUGAGAUACCGAAAGAUUGCAAGGAUUCUAAAGCCGAAAAUCAGUGAUAAUUUACUACGCAACUCGAUGGAAAAAUUAAUGCAUAAAGCCUCAGAGGCAGUUCACAAAGUAUCAAAAUUAGUCUAGUGAAACAUAAAAAUAUUAUUUAAAUUUACUGAGAUCAACUGCUAAGCAAAAAUAUUCAAAAAGUAAAAAAAAAAUGCACAAUGAAUGUGAUUUAAAAAUAUACCAUUGCAAAAUUGUAAACUAGUAAUAUAUAAUAUAUAUGU